UUAUACCAUAUUACAAUACAACUUGAAGGAAUUCAUAAAUUAGGUUUUGUCCAUGGAGAUUUUCAUGGUAAAAAUAUACUAUAUGUUCCCUAUGGAGGUGCAACAAUUUGUGAUUUUGGGCUAUGUAGGCCGAUAAAUCAAUCUAAUACAGAAAAUGAAAGUGGAGUCAUGCCUUAUGUGGUACCAGAAGUGUUAAGAAGUAAACCAUAUACAAAAGCUGCUGAUAUAUAUGCUUUUGGCAUCAUUAUGUGGGAGUUGGCAUCAGGAGUUCCAAUAUUUUAUGAUAUUCCUGAUAUUUGCGAGGGUAAGAGACUAGAAAUUAAAGAAGGAACUAUGCCAGAAGAAGAAUUAAUGAAAAGAUGUUGGGAUAAUGAUCCUGAAAAAAGGCCAACCGCAAAAAAAUUAAGGUUGAUUUAA